CCCGGGCAGAGACCCGCAGCCCGAGCUGUCCGAUGUCUGUGGCUCCCAGCGUGAGCUGCGUCUGGAGGUUGCAGAAGGAGUUCCAGUGAGCUGUAGGACGAGCUAUCCUUUGCGCUGCCUCGGCAUUCUCUGAAGAGUUCUGCAAAAGGUUCGGACCGUAUUGCAGGAGGUCGAGUUAAACUUCUUGCUCUCUAAACCCUCUUUUGUUCGGGGUUUGCUUUGUACCUUUGCUACACUUUCCUUGAGGAAUGCCCGUGUCCCAGUGAAGCUGACAGAUGAGAUCUGGCAAACUUUACUGCAAGGACAAAAUACAUUCCCGCCUGCCUCUCUGUCAGGUGACUGCGAUCCAGCAGAAGAGCUGGCGAGGAGAUGCCUGCCUCUUGGGGCCCAUAACUCCUCUCUGUGAUACUUUAAGCCAUAGCUGAGAAUGUUAUAAGUGCUCUGCCACUGUUGUCAUCCAGCAGAGCUGCGUCCAGCUGUGGGGCUGGUACCUGCUCUGCUCUGCAGAAACUUCUUUGGGAGUCGUGGCUCAGUUGAGUGAGCUGCUGAGAUGCAGCAACUUCAACAGCCAUAGUGUCCCUAAGCCAGAGCCCUGCAGAAACAGUUCUUGCUCGGUGCUGUUGUCUGUAGCGUGCUGGUGUCCUGAAUGUUGCUCACCUGGGGGGAGAUGGGAGCACCAAGGGCAGUGCUGAACACAUCCUUAUAAAAUUAUUAUUAAUGUCUCCUUCAGGCCUGAAAUUCCUCUUGCUAGUCUUCCAUUCUGUUAAAUGCUUCGCAAACCAGAGCAAAGGAAGAGACAUGAAGAGUUGAAUUUCACUGCCUUGUUUGGAACUGGGUGGAAAUCCUGGAGAUGGAUCUCUUAGGAGUCUGUCUUCCAAUUGGGUUAGAUGCACAGGAGCAAUGGAUCGCCCCAGCUACCUGGAAGAGGACUAUUCUAGCCUGGAUGGGCUGGACGAUGACGUGUUUCACUCUGAUGACUUUGGACUUGCAGGUCAGCCUGGUGAGAUGACUGCAACUGGCUUUUUCACACAGAACCAGUCCUACAGCUGCCUUCUGGGGAGAUUUCAACUAUUCCCCCUCACACACUGCUGUGGUCCCGGUAUCAGGCAUCCUGAGCAGCAGGACAAGGCAACUCAAACACUCAGCCCAUCCUCUUCCAGUCAGGAUGUUAUGUUGCCUUGUGGAGUCACUGAAGAGCCACGGAGACUCUUCUAUGGGAGUGCUGGUUACCGUUUACAUGUCCCUCCAGCUGGUUUUGUGUUGGAUCCUCACCUCCAAGAGGAACCUCAGGAAGGUCAGCGGGAAGCACGUGCUGAGGUGCAGAUUGCACGGAAGUUGCAGUGCAUUGCCGACCAGUUCCACCGGCUCCACAUACAGAGGCUUUUACUCUUCUCCAUUCUCCUCACCACCAGCACCUUCUCUUCUGUGGAACAUGCAGCCAUCAGUGGCUUGUGUCAGCUCCUCAUCUUGGAGAUAACAAGCCUGGAGUCUGUUCUGACACUCCUUGUUGUCUAACGGUAGUUCUAUGUAAUGUUGUAAAGAAUAUUUAGAUCAUACUAGACUUGCUAGCAGCUCCUGGUCAGACAGUCCUAGCUAGUGUCUCAGACUUGUGACUAACUUCCUCACAACAAAAGACAGCUGUGAGAUGCCAUCAGGUCUGAAAACCACACUCCAGAUUCUUGAUUUUGUUUUCUUAAAAAAAAACCAAACCAACCAAAAACCAAACACUGCUGUUCAAAGAAACAAAAUAACUAUUACCCCCAGAACCUUUGAUUCUUUCUUCCUUGCUCUCCUUCCCCUUUGGGUAGAGAUAAAAUCUCAGCCCAGACACAGAUGGUCAGAGGUGGCAGAGGCUUGGCAGUAGGCAGCAGUUUGCCACUUCUAUGCAAGCCCAACAAGGAGGGUGUGCAUCUGCUUGUAUAUGAAGAAAUGUUGCUGACUUCAAAAAGG